GUCACUUUUGUUGUAGUCUCUAAAUUAUUAUGUUUUGUUGCCGGCUUCUGUAGAACCUUUUUUCCACUGAUUAAAUAAUGCGAGCCAAGCAAAUUCUUUAAAUAAAAUAUUUUGCUGACACGUAAUUUGCUUGACUGAACGAAGUAAAAGCAACAAUAGUAUUGUUCGUUCCAGUGUGUCUUUCUAUUUUUAAGAAAAGGGAAAAAAUGACGGAAUUAUUACCACUGCCGAAGAUCAAUACGAGAAGUGACAUUGAUGAGUCUCUUCUACCAACUCCUGUGGAGUUCAGCGAAGAACAGUUGUCCAGCAUUCUGACAAAUAUGGUCCGGCAAAAAUACUUUAAUUUCCUGGAGAAAUUACUCACCGAUAAUUAUGAAAACAGUGUGACGGGUGCAGUUUUAUCAUGUCAAGACAUCAAGAAAUGUGCAGAGUAUUUGGAAUUUAAAGCAGUUCGUUCUUGUAUGAUAGUCCAUUUAUACCGGCAAUCGAUUCUGAACACAUUCACCGAAAUUCGAAGCGACACUGCACAGAAAAAGCUUAACAUCAACCUAUCAACAGAACGAAUAUUCCAGCGGAAAAGUCGGCGCAGCGUUCAAAUUCAAACAGAUUUCAGAUCAACACCGGCCGACACACAUCCAACGAAGCCACCGAAGCGCAAACUGCGCAAUGUUCGAGUUCAGACCGAUUUUGUUCCAUCGACUCCCGGCACAUCUGCCGAAUAUACCAUGUCGUUGGACGAUCGAAUCCGAAUGUUUGAGAAAAAAUUCCGAGACGAUGACAAGUUCGCACAGUGUUUUCCGGCGAAGAAAAUCGACUACCAAAAUCGAUUUAAGGAGCACCGAAAACGACGUCACAGUUCCAUUUCAUUGGAGUCGCCACAUUCGUCGCUAGACAGUUCGAUACAUCGAUCUGCCGAACGAACCGAUUCCACUGACAAUGAGGGUCACCUGUCGAAAGCCGACAGUGGCCAUUCGACGGUACUGUUUGCUACGCCACGUGAACUUGUUGAAGCGACUGACGAUACUGUUAACCAAGAGAUGAUGGCUUUAUUCGGGGACGAUGAAGAAACGGACAUAUUUGGAGAAGUUGUUGGUAGCACGGAUCGUGAACCAGCUACUGUUGAGCACAGCGAUGAAGUGGAUGAAACUGAUAACAACGCGGCCUUGAUUCAAAUGGACCAUACAGCGACGGACCAAAAAUUGGUGAAUGAGUUUGAAAACGCGCGAGACUACACGAAUGAACUGAAGAACAGCAUAUGGCCGUGUGAAUUACACAUGCAACGGAUGAAACUUCGGAAGGCGUUGUUGGCGAAAGCAGACAAGGGUUUCAGAUACAGCGAGAAAUUGAAGCGAAAAUUUGUAGAUUUAUUCGGACCGGAAGACGAUGACGAGGAAAAUAAUUCAUUUGCACCGUACAGCCCAACAAUCGAACUGGACGAAAUCCUAAUGUCCAGUUGUAAGAAGCGAAUAGCACCGUGGAUUGUUAAACACUUAACACCGAUCGGCGAUGGACUCAUCGAGAAUCGAUUUUUAUUUAAGAAGGUGGCUAGACACAUUGCAGAGAAAGCAAUUUUACGGGAUCAAUAUCCAGAUGAAGAGGAGAUCAAAAGAGCCAUCCACGACUUCUUCAAAACGCAUAACUACAUCGGAUGCAUCGACGACAUAACUUAAAACGAUUUAGCCAUAGCCAGCAGGAUGACCAGUUACAUUAACAGAAUGUAUCAAUUGCAGUAAAUCUCAACAAUUUUACAAAAAGAAUUUUUUUUUUAAUUUCCAUUAAACUGCCAACGAUUGACAAAAUAAUACACGGACCGAAAGAUGUUCAGCGGCGCCAUAGACUCCUCCUUUCAUCGACCCAAACUCCCUUCCUCUCACCUAACAAAACAAACGGCCAACCGACGAACUUAAACCAAUUUCUUCGCUUCGAAGAAGCUUUUCAAAUGACGCAUCUGCCAGAAUCC